AUGGAGACCACCGGGAAGUCGCGGACCCUAACCAAUGAGGAGAUGGAGAAGUCUGCAAACCGUCUUAGCACGCAUCACCGCGUGGAGGUGCGGCUCAAGCCGUUGGUGCAGCACCGCACGCUCACACGCGAGGCGGAAGAGCAUAGUAUUAAGCACCUCUACGAUGACUCCAUCGCCCACCGGCAGUAUCGGCUGGAGGAGAUUGAGCGGGCGGCCAACGCGGAGAUCGACAAGUACCACGCGCAGUGCAAGAAGCUGGAUGCGGAGGAGCAGGACAGCAUGGUGCAGCGCCUCUACACAGAGUCCAUCGAGCGCAAGCAGCAGAGUAUGAAGGAGCUUUAUGACCGCGAACUGGGGUUCGAGGAACGCCAGAAGAAGAAGCUUGGAAAGGCCGAGCAGGGGAAGGUCGUGGUACGCCUGUACAACGAGGGCAUGGAGAACAACCGCAAGAAGCACAUUGCGUUGUUUGAGAAGUACGUACUGGAGCGGCGGUCGCCGGCCGUGCAGCGUAGCCGCGGGGAGGUGGCGGCGGCAAGCGAGAAGCUCUGGAAGGGUGAGGGUGUGACCACGGCGUAG